AAUCAAAUGUCAAAUGAAUUCUAGAUAGUUCCAGUGUUUUGUGCAAAAAAAUUGAAAAGCAACGUUAAUUUGCUUACCUUUAGCUAUUUUCUCGAAAAAGUUAAAACAAUUACAUUGAAAUAGCUGAUAUCUUGGAAGAUAAAACAAAGAAACAAAAAUAAAAUAACAUGGACAAGGUAAAUGAACUCAAGGAAAAGGGCAACAAGGCUUUAAAUGCUGAGAAAUUUGAUGAAGCUGUUGCCGCCUAUACAGAGGCCAUAGCAUUGGAUGGUAAAAAUCAUGUUUUAUACAGUAAUCGAUCAGCGGCAUAUGCGAAGGCCGGUAAAUUUGCCGAAGCUUUGGAAGAUGCUGAACAGACAAUCAAAUUGAAUCCAACAUGGGCAAAAGGAUAUUCGCGUAAAGGUGCAGCAGCAGCUGGUUUGGGAGAUUACAUGAAGGCAUUCGAAGCCUACAAUGAAGGUCUCAAGCAUGAUCCACAAAACGCUGUACUCCUACAGGGACGUCAAGAAAUUACGGCAGCUGUACUGCAACACAUGCAAGGCAUGAACACUCCCAUGGAUGUCGAUCCACCAUCUUCCAACACCAGCUCUACCUCGACAAGUUCCAAACCAGCCGAGCCAUCAAAGCCAGCAGAGAAACCCAAACCAGCUGAACCCAAUCCCGAUGAAAUGACCGAAGAGGAACGCAAAAAAUAUUUCGCCAAAAAAGAAAAGGAAGCCGGCAAUGCAGCCUAUAAGAAAAAAGAAUUCGAUGUAGCCCUAAAACACUAUAAUGCCGCCUUAGAAUUGGAUCCUACAGAUAUUACAUUCUACAACAAUAUUGCCGCUGUCUACUUCGAACGCAAAGAAUACGAAGAAUGUAUUAAGACCUGUGAGAAGGGUAUUGAAAUCGGUCGUGAGAAUCGAGCUGAUUUCAAAUUGAUUGGCAAAGCAUUUGCCCGAAUUGGCAACUCAUAUCGCAAAUUGGAAGAUUAUCACAAGGCCAAGACGUAUUACGAAAAAGCCAUGUCCGAACAUCGUACACCGGAAGUGAAAACUUCGUUGAGCGAAGUUGAAAGUAAAAUUAAGGAUAUGGAACGUAAAGCCUACAUUGAUCCAGCCAAAGCCGAAGAGGAAAAAGAGAAGGGCAAUGAAUUGUUCAAGAAGGGAGAUUACAGCACUGCCAUUAAACACUAUUCGGAAGCAAUCAGACGUAAUCCAGAUGAUCCCAAACUGUACAGUAAUCGUGCAGCGUGCUAUACCAAAUUGGCUGCUUUCGAUUUGGGCCUAAAAGACUGUGAAACAUGCAUUAAAUUGGAUGAUAAAUUUAUUAAGGCUUACAUUCGCAAGGGUAAAAUUUUGCAGGGCAUGCAAAAGACAUCAAAGGCUUCGUCGGCUUAUCAAAAGGCCCUCGAAUUGGAUCCCAACAAUGCCGAAGCCCUGGAAGGUUAUCGAACCUGUGCAUUGAAUCUUCAACGCAAUCCCCAAGAAGUCCUUAAGAAUGCCAUGAACGAUCCCGAAGUCCAACAGAUCCUUAAAGAUCCAGCUAUGCGUUUGAUUCUGGAACAAAUGCAAAACGAUCCUAAUGCUGUUAAAGAGCAUUUACAAAAUCCAGCGAUAGCCGAUAAAAUCAUGAAACUCAUGGAAUCUGGUAUCAUACAAAUCCAUUAGAAUUUACAAAAAUAAAACAAAAAUAUAUAAAAUGCUCCAAACAAGUUAUGGAAUUAUUAGAGUAAAACAACUUUUCGCCAGUUCAUUUCAUUCAUUCAUUCUACAUUCGUCAAACAUAUGGCCAUAGCAAAAUUCUCCAAGAAACUUUUUAUACAAUUCCUUCCUAUUGAUUGGGUCGAAGCUGAUUACAAACGGAGAAUGUGUUAGACCGCGGCAGUCUUUCCAUGCAUAUUAAAUCAUUAUUUACAUUUAAUUAAAUGUGGGUUCAACAUUAAGAUUAUCGUUUGACAACAAUUUGUGUCAAAUCUGGGUUGUUUUCCUCUCUCCCCCUCCUAGCAGAGAUUUUUCACUAAAAGUUUGGAGGUUUCAUUUCAAUUGAAUUAAAUUCUAUAGUUUUAUGUAUAGAAUCCUGUGUUAACUACCACAACAAUUUGUUUAGGGCUUUCUGUUAUUUUUUUAUUAAUUAUUAUUUUUUUUUUAUUUCAAAUAAAAUGUAAUGUUUACUACUCUCUUUUUUUAAUAAAAAGAAAUUAUUUUUUCCACAACUCUUGCAACCAACAUACCUAAGCUUAAACAAAUAACAACAAUAUAUUGAAAGCAUACAAACCAUACUGCUUUAAACAAAAGUACUACAAGAAAAAUUUACUUAAUAUAGUAUAUUUAAAAAUAAAAAAAUAUUUAUAAAGAAACAAAGAAAUAACAAUAUAAUUGUUUACCGGAAAGAAAGAAAAACAAAAACAGCUACAAAAACAUAUUUCUCUUAAAUAAAACCAAAUUAUUAAAACAUA